UGCCGGAGAGCGAGAGAGGGACCGAGAAGACUAGUUGAUUGCUAACAUGGCGGAGACCGUACUCUCGCUCUUCGACUACCGGGAGCCACCGACACUGGACAGCGACGGAGAGGGAACCAAACCGGCGCCGACGCCUCGGGGACGCGGUUGUGGGAGGAAAAGGAAGGGAACGCCGGUGAAAGUGUGCGACCGAGUCUUUGUCACAGAGGAUGAGGAGGACAGCUCCGAACACAGCUACUGUCCAGGUGAUGGUAAGGAGGCUGCAGAGAACAAACGACCAACACUGGAUGGACCAUGUUACAUCAAUGACCCUGCUCAGAUCUGCAGUGGGUCUUUAGACCUGGGUGAGGAGGGAUCCAGCGGGGGCAGGGGGGCGGCGGUGAUGUACCCCCCUCCUCCAAACUGCCGCAUCCGCGAGGUACACUGUGGGAGCCAGGUGCGUCUGGUCGUCAUAGCGAUCCGAGACAUCACCAAAGGAGAGGAGAUCACCGUUGACUACAGCCUGACCGAGUGGGGAGACAACACUAUGGGUUUCCGUGGUACUGUGUCUCCAGGGAGAUAUGAGUGUCUCUCCGACCCCGAGAACAACAGUAUCAAAAAGGAGGAAGAGUCCGUGCCCCCCUCUCUCUCAGCCCAGGACUACCUCACCCCUUCCUGGCCCCUUUCCCCCUCUUCCUCCCCCCUCUCCCACUCCAAUGCCAGCGACUCAGAUCCCCAGAAUGAGGGGGGCGAGGACGGGAGUCAGAGACGCACACCUCGUCGCCGCAAACGCCGCCGGACCACCACCCCCUCCAAAAAGAGGACCACCCCUCACCGGACGUCCCCGGGCCGCCCUCCCCUCUCCACUUCAUACCGCCCCCUCACCUUCUCCCCCCCUCCUCCCUCCUCCUCCACCUCUUCUCGCCCUUCUCUGUUCAAAUCCCCUGCUCCAUUGGGGCCCAACACGACGGCGAACAUCAGUAUUAACAUCGCCAGGGGGGUUGGCAUGGGCAUGCCCCCCCAGAAGCUGAGCUGCGCUUACUGCGGGCGCCACUUCCGCUCACUGGGGCGCCACCUGGACAAGCACCACCCCAACCAGCCCGAGAUCCGCGCCGCGCUUAUCGAGCGCUUUAUGCCCCACCUGGCGGCCGCACACGCCGCACACCACGCUCAGUCCGAGCAGCAACCUCGGUCAUCAUCGGCGGCGUCAGGAGCGGAGCAAAAUUCCCACAAGCCACCACAGGGGGGCGCUGCAGCCGCCGCGCUCUCCCUGUCUCCUCAACGUCCCUCCGCCACCACCGCCCAGUCCCCUUCCUCUGCCGUCGGGAGAAACUCCUCCCCCCUGGUGUUGACUCCGCCCCGAGGACGCAGUGCCGUGGCCGUGUCCGUUCUGAAGAGAAGCCCGCCUCCGGUGGUUGUGACCCCGCCCAGAAAGGCGGGACUGCGCAAAGUGAAGAAGGAAAAAGAGGAGGAGGAAGAGGAGAACGACCUGGUGGAAGUGGCGGUGGCGAGGCCCAAAGAAGAGGCAGAGGCGGCUUGUCCCCACGUCUUUCAGCAGACGCCCAAAGAGGUGGAGCGGCUGCCUAAAGAGGAUGAAAAUGAAGAAGAAGAAGAGGAGAGCGGAAUGAUGGAAGACGACAGUGGAGCCGAGGAGAAGGAGAAGGAGUUGUUGAGUUCGGGGCGUCUCCACAUGCUGCCCCUCCUCUCCUCCCUGUCUUCCCUGGUUCUCUACCUCCGCAGGCUCCAGCACUCUGCCUUCCUCUCCCUGUCCCGCCAGCUCCAAUCCGCCGAGGCCUGGCGCCUCCUGUGCCACUCCUCCCUCGCCCUGCUCAUCCUCUACAACCGUCGCCGCGAGUGCGAGGUCUCCAAACUGGUCAUAGCCGAAUACCGCGCCCGUGUCACCCCCCAGUGCCCCGUGCCGGUGCCCCCCGGUGCCCCGCCCGCCCUCACACCCCUGGAGGCAUCGCUUUCGCCCUUUGAGCGUCUCGUGCUUCCGCAUUUGCCUCGAGUAGGUGUCCAGGGCAAACGAGGAAGAGUCCAGCCUCUUAUCCUGCCACCGCACUGCGAGCCGUGUCUGGAACUCCUCCUCCAGACCAGGCAAGAUGUCGGCGUCGAUCCCCAGAACCCGUAUGUCUUCGCCCGGCCGUACCACUCUCCAGCCACCCCCCUCCGGGGCACCGACCUCCUCCGGAGUCUGGCCCGCUCCAGCGGCACCCGGAACCCCCGCGCCCUCACCCAGACGCGCGUCCGGCGCCAGGUCGCCAUCUUGACACAGCUGCUAUUGCUCGGCGAGGGGGAGGAGCCAGGACAGCCGGGCGGGAACGCCAUAGAGCGUCUGGAACACUUCCUGGAGCGCGAGUACCACGUGACGCAGAGCUGCGGCGGGAUUGGCCAGGACCCGGGGCUGAUGGGUAGAGUGGGGCGCGUGGUGCUGUGCGGGGAGAGAGACGGCGUGCUGUUCCGGGGGAUGAGCCUCCACCACAUCUGUCUGGAGCUUGACGUGAUGUCAGGCAACUCUGCCGACUCGUACUCGGACGGCGACUCUGACGGCGAAGGGGGGAAGGAGAAGGGCGAGGUGGCCCCUCCCAGCCUGCUGAUGGUGAAGAAGGGCAGGACCAACGGCAGGACACCGCGUGCCAGGAAACUCAAGGUCACGCCCUCCUCCGCAUUGCCCCUCUCCCCCUCACUCCCCGGCCGCAGGAGAGGCUCAGGUGGGCCCAAAUCAGGCAAACGCGGCGUCCUCAAGCGCCCGUGGUCAGACGCGGAGCGCGCUGCCGUGGAGGAGCACCUGACCUCCAACAUCGCCGAGCUGCGCGUGCCCGCCAAGGCCGACUGCGAGCGCUGCCUUCAGAGCUGCCCUCUGCUGGUCACCAACCGGCGAGACUGGCGGGCCAUCAAAUUCUACUGUCACAACCGCAUCCAGCUGCUCAAGAAGAACCAGCGGCGCGAGGACGACGGGACGCCAAUCAUGGUGUGCUGAGAAGACGGAUGGACAGACUGAUGGACGGACACGACAACAGCUCCACAGUAUCCACACUUGCGUACUACAUAGAAUGAAGGAAGCCAAAACAGAGGAGUGGUCAACUCCGUAACGUCACAGCAGUGCUGAUGGGCAACUCUGUAGUGCAACAGAGUUGACGCUUAAGGAAGCAAUGUAGUGGCCGUGUGUUCGAAGUGGUACGCUAAUGUGGGUAUCGGAACGUAGCCUACAUCUCAUUGAGCAGGUUUCCAUCCUUUUCAUGGCAGAAAAGUCCAUGUCGGGUCAAAAAUGUCACGACAGAAAAUAAUAAACUUUCCAAAUGUCAACAAAACAAAACACGUUAGACACGGUGGGAUCUUUUUGUGUGUGUAAAGUGAAGUACACGAGAAAUGUCGGUGGACAUGCUUUUAUGUGCAAAUAUUGAUAUAAAAACCAUCAUUAUCGAUGGUUGCAAGGUGAUGAGCUUGAUGCUACUUUACGAGAAAUAUCCAGGGUCUUAUUCUGGUGAAAAGAUCGAUGCUUGGCUGCCAUUUGACAAAUAGAAAUAAUUUUGCUCUUUUGGCCAUAAUAUUCUCAUCAUGUAGGCUAUACCUGCGCCUGCGCGAUUUUCCAAUAACAGACUGGGCAGACUCAUCACAAUAUAACAACACUUUUUGUGAGAAACCCAUCCGCAGAGUUGAAAAUUUGAUGGAAACCCAUUAAACGUUUUAUUUUAGUCGGUACACGGGAAUUGAACAGCUAAAGGUAUUUUUAUGUGCACUACGUCAUCACGCAGUCGGUUUGAUGGAAACAUUUCUGGUGGGAAAAUGAACAUAUUGUUUUGAUGCAGAUUUUUGAAUAUCUGUCGCCAAUUGGAUGGAAACCUAGCUAUUGAUACCCUUAUAUAUAUAUAUAUAUAUAGUCCUCUGAGACAAAGCGAGUGAGAGAGGGAGUGACUGUGUAGGAGUUGCCACAACCUGUAUACUAUACAGUGUAUAUGGACAUGUUCAUUUUGUUUUCUCUCCAAAACGAGACGAACGAUGAUAACGUUAUAAUGACGAUGAUGUUAAUGAUAACACACCACAUAUUGUUCUAUUCAGAUUUUCUGGACAGUGUUUCAUGGAUGUUGUAGGGACGUUUCUGAACACAAGAAAGCUUGACACUGUUAGAGUUUGAGGCUGUAGUGUGUGUGUAUUUCUAGUGCUGAGAAGAUUUUAUAGGGUCUCCCAACACCCAGUCCUGGAGAGUGCAUGCUUUCGUUCCAGCCCAGCACUAACUCACCUGAUCAAACUAGACCUGACUGAAAGACCAUGGUUAGUUCAUUACUUAAAACGGGUGUGUUAGUGCUGGGCCGGAGCAAAAGCCUGCACACCAGGAGCAGCGCUAGAGAGACCCUGGGUUAGAGUGAGGGGGGGGGGGGGGGGGGGACGCCACCAUCAAUGUGUUGUGAAGUUUAUUUUUGGACUACCUAAGACACUAUAGUCAGCAUGGUGCUUUUCCGCUCCCUUCAAAAUUGACACUACAAGACAGCAGUUGAAUACUGCUUUUGCCUAAAAUAUACCAAGUAUAUUGUUGUUGGCAUCAUUCUUUUAUUUUGAGCCUGUUGCACAUGCGUUUUCUUAAAGGCGGUUUAAAACAGGUGCAUUAGCCCGUGGGGCCAUUCUUCUGCGAUGUGCAGAGUUCCGUAUUUAACUUGGGUGUGAUCUAUGCUACUUCUAUGUUACAAAGUGAUUUUUUGGGGGGGCCUUUUUCAGAAGAGUGAGCAUAGCUGAAUACUAUGCCACGUUAUAUAUCUUUUUUUUGUUUUCUUUUUUACAUGCAUUGUUGUUGCGUCGUUUGUUGAUCGUUUUGUCUUUUCAGACUGACCAGUGUAGCAGACUUUUUUAAAGCUACUCUGGUCUCUAUGGUUCAUUGCAGUUAGAUGAUGGGCUGCUUGUAGCUCUAGUCCAGGGUGUUAGUGUGGCUUGCUGACUCUUAGGCCGGCAUUCAAUCCGAUCAUUGGUAGAUUUGCGUUAUAGCGCGCUUGACAUGUGAAAGGUAAUUUCCGAUUAAGCCAACACGUGCAGAGUUUACCAUGCACGCGGUCUCCACGGACGCGGGAACAUUGCCUUUUAAAAAGUGCAUUGCCGGCGAAGCGCGGUCGGGUUGAAUCACGGUAGGAGCCUUCUCAGCUUCAGCAAGUCGCACUAACGCCCCGGACCAGAGCUAAGUUUCUUUGUAGGUUAAUCAGAGCGCCAAGUAACCCGACAUCUUGUCUUAUUGGAAGAGAACCACACAACGCCUCUCGACAGAUAUGUUAAAUAAAUUAAACUAAUCACAUAUAAUCUUACAUUGUUUCACGCUAUCAUCUUGCCAGUUUCAGUGUACAUAAAAAAAAGAUCAUUACGUAAACGGGUUAGUUUGUGCUAUCCGUAGCUUUUAUUUGUUCAUUUGCGAGUUGGUAUUGUACAUAGGCCUAUGGUUUUGUAAAUAUUCACAGAAACACAUAAAGGGGAAAAAACUACACAAUG